AUGCCCUACGUAUCUGCUGCCCGCUAUGGAAAGGACAACGUCCGUGUCCUCAAGGUGAACCGCGACCCAGCCACUGGGGUUCAAGCCGUCACCGAGAUGACCAUUUGUUGUCUUUUGGAAGGUGACAUCGACGCCUCCUACACCAAGGCUGACAAUGGCGUCAUUGUCGCUACCGACUCCAUUAAAAACACCACAUUUAUCCUGGCCAAGCAACAUCCCGUCAACCCGCCUGAGCUCUUUGCCUCCAUCCUCGGCAACCACUUCCUUCAGGAAUACAGCCACAUUCACGUUGCCAACGUCAAGGUCAAAACCCACAGAUGGCUGCGCAUUGAUGUGGAUGGGAAGUCUCACCCACACAGCUUUAUCAAGGAUGCUGGAGAAACCCGCAACGCCCAUGUCAUAGUGAGCCGGAAGGGCGGCAUCAGCAUAACCAGCGCCAUUGAAGGCCUCUCGGUCCUGAAGACGACUGGUUCCGCCUUUCACGGCUUUGUCCGGGACGAAUACACGACUCUGUCUGACACUUGGGACCGUAUCCUGGCAACCGAUGUGGACGCCAGCUGGAAGUGGAAUGCAUUUUCCGACCUGGCUGCUGUUGAGCAGAGCUCAUCAAAGUUUGAUAAGGCUUGGGAAUCUGCCAGAAACAUUACUCUCAAGCUCUUCGCCGACGAUGACAGUGCUAGCGUACAGAACACAAUGUACAAGAUGAGUGAACGGAUUCUUGACGCUGUCCCGGAAACGCAGAGCGUGGCUUAUUCACUACCCAACAAACACAACUUUGAGCUUGACUUGAGUUGGCACAAAGGCUUGCAGAACACUGGCAAAGAUGCCGAGGUAUACGUUCCCCAGACUUGUCCGAAUGGCCUCAUCAAAUGCGAGGUGUCACGAUCUUGA